AUGUCGACUGAGGAAACUAUCAGUAAUACUGCGGCCACUUCUGUGAAUAACAAACCAUUCAAGUUUGAGGGAUCUAAUUUCAAACGUUGGCAGUCUAAGAUGAAGUUUUUCUUAACUCUGAAAAAGGUUGCCCAUGUUCUGACUGAGGACAUCCCAAUUGUUCCUUCUGGAUCAAUCGAGAUAACUAAUGGUAAGUCAACUGCUGAAUCUGACGGAACUUCCAAAAAUGACGGAGUUUCCAAAACGUCUGAUGGAGACUCUGCUGCAAAAGAAAAAGCCGCAGCAGAUGACUUACAGCUCCGAAAAGAAAUUUCCCUAUGGCAAGAAAAUGAUUACUUAUGCGAACAUCACAUUCUUAACAGUCUUGCUGAUGACCUGUAUGAUUACUACAAUAUUCACAAGACUGCUAAACAGGUCUGGGAAGCUCUUCAAAGGAAGUAUGACACUGAAGAAGCUGGUGCAAAUAAAUAUGCUGUGAGCCGCUACUUGAAAUACAAGAUGGUGGAUGAAAAGUCUGUGGAAGCUCAAAGCCAUGAGCUUCAGAAAAUUGCUCAUGAAAUCAUUACUGAAGGUAUGCCCCUCAAUGAACAAUUUCAAAUUGCUAAUGGGAAUCCCUCUAGGGACCCAUCUGCUCCAUUUGUAAGGCAGCAACCACCACCUAAGAGAAAUGACGCUCCGGUUUUCACUUGCUACAAUUAUGGAAAACCUGGUCAUAUGGCAAAGAAAUGUAAGAGCAGGCCUAGACCUGUUGCUUGA